AUGGCUGAUGCACAUACAGAGAGAAUACGAGACCAGAUCCAUUGGCUGGCCCAAUUUGUCCCUAAGAAGCAUCGGAGCUUUCAAAAGAUUAUGAAGAUAGCUCAUGCACAGUUAGUUCGCGAAGUCGACGUAGAGAAGGUGACAACUUUUGAGAACCCCUAUGUAGAUGCAAUAAGAAGCUUAUGGAAUGACCCCGGAAUUCAGGAGUGUUAUGAUAGACGACGGGAGUAUCAGUUAUCAGAUUCAACUAAAUACUAUCUUAAUGACUUGGACCGCAUAGCAGAUUCCACCUAUCUGCCAACUCAGCAAGAUGUGCUCAGAGUUCGAGUUCCAACGACGGGGAUCAUUGAAUAUCCAUUCGACUUACAAAGCGUCAUUUUCAGAAUGGUGGAUGUAGGAGGCCAACGAUCAGAAAGAAGAAAAUGGAUCCAUUGCUUUGAAAACGUCACAUCUAUCAUGUUCCUAGUAGCUCUUAGUGAGUAUGAUCAAGUGCUUGUGGAGUCAGACAAUGAG